AUGAACUGCACCCCUAAUGCCACAACCGUGCCCCAGCUGGGACUAGGCCUGAGCCCAGUGCCCGAAGAUGGAGGGUCGCAAGAAAGUGCCAGUAAUGCUGGAGGCAGCGGAGGCCUGUGGGUGACCUCGCUGCUGGGCGCCACGCUGAUGAUCAUGUGCGCCAUGGGUGUGGCGGGCAACACCUACACGCUGGUCAUCACGCGCUCUGCAGCCUUGCGCCGGACUGGCUCUAUGUACGUCUAUAUCGUUAACUUGGCUCUGGCCGACCUGCUCUACCUGUCCACCAUCCCCUUCGUCGUCUGCACCUACUUCGCUCACGACUGGCUGUUCGGGGAGGCCGGCUGCCGCAUCCUGCUGAGCCUUGACCUCCUCACCAUGCACGCCAGCGUCUUCAUUCUGGUCGCCAUGAGCCUGGAACGUUAUCGCGCCGUCGCCAGGCCGUUCAGCGCGCACAGGUCCUCGUCCCGCAGUCGACGGCUGGCCGCGGGGAUUAUUUGGGGCUUAGCCUUCGUUCUGACGCUCCCCAUGAUGGUGAUGAUCCGCCUCAGAGAGGGCAAACCCACCGUGGCUGGUUUGGUGAAAAGAAUCUGCUUCCCGACCUGGACCCCCGAGGCCUUCAAGGCUUACAUUACCGUCUUGUUUUUCACAAGCGUUUUAGUCCCUGGACUGGUCAUCGUUGGACUGUAUGCAGGGCUAGCAAGGCGCUACUGGGCAGCACAGGCUAGCUUAGGAGGAAGCAGUCGCUCGGCCCGGAGGAGAGGACUGAAACAAAAAGUGGUGACGAUGAUCUUUAGCAUCGUCGUUGCUUAUUGGGCUUGUUUUUUACCGUUUUGGGGAUGGCAGCUAGCCAAACUUUUCUCUCCGGAGUCCCUCAGAGCUUUGUCUCCAGCUGCUCAUAACUACGUCAAUUUCUUCGUCACGUGUCUGACGUACGGGAACAGCUGCAUCAAUCCCUUCCUCUACACUCUUCUGACUCGAAACUACAAGGAUUACUUAGCCCAGAAAGGUCAGUCAGGAGGAUCGAGCAGAGUCGAUCCUGGGUCAGUCGUAACCACGCCUCUCCAAGAACUUUAA